UACAUCAUGCUAUGUGUAUUCCGGACCGGUACAAACACCAAUGGAUUUGUCGUCUGCUAAUCGUUUUGCUGCUGUCAUUGUUUGGGGUCACUCGAGGUCAGAAUUUCCAAGAUGGCGGCCACCAUGUGUGUUCCACGGCGUAAAAGGUAACAGCCGGAGAUAUUCGUAGUUUUCCUAUCAGACAGAAUAAACGAGCCAUCAAGAUGUGGAGACUACACGUGACUACACCCAUUCUCCGCAGAAGUGCCAGUUUGCUGAACCUGGCCCUGCAGGCCAACAAACCCGCAUAUCUACACACCCCUGGCUACUACCAACAGUCUUUGAUACUUGGACAGAAAUCCAGACAAUGUGCAACAUUCUUACAGUCUAAAUACCAAGUGACCCAGCACACUACAUGUAGAACCUAUACUAGUAACACCAGUGGUGGUGAUGGCAUACACAUGAAGGAAAGUCUUCAUUCUAAAGAGCAAGAAGAACUGAAAUCCUUUGAAGAUGAUUUCUUUGGGCCAGAAAUAGAAGAGAGUGUACCGGAUACAGUCAAACACCCUGAACCACUCUCAGCCAUAUUCAACAGGAAAACCAAGGUCACCUUACAGCAGGAUGUGGCACAAGGUAUAGAGAGGAAACGUUAUGGAUACAUACAGCACACUGACAGGGUGGAGGAACCCAAACAGUGGACCAAGGGAAAGGGAAAAAAGCCAAAGAAAUCCUUAGAUGCAAGAGGAAACUUUAGAAUUGAUGAAUUUCUGGAGGAAUCAAGAACAGACAGAAACAGUACUAGUAAUAGCCUUCUAGAUGGCUCAAGGUCAUCUAAAAAGAGGGUGGGGAGGUUCAAUCCUCCUCAGCAACUAGAGCGUACUUACAAGUAUGGAUACAACUAUAGACCUGAUGCUGAACGGAACAGACUUUCUGAUAUGCUGGAAACAAGUACAAACUUCCAACAGGCACCAACGAGACAGGAUAGACUCAGAUCAGCAAGCCCAACUACUGUACCAUCACAUCUACAUCUGUUCCCAGAAGGAAAGGAGAAGGGAAAACAUGAGCAUUCUCAUACUCCUAAAGAAGAUGCUGGUACAGAAGAAACAAACAGCACUGCUGCACCAUAUAAUGAUGAAGAUGACUUUGACCCCAAGUUUGCUGAACAGGAUGAAGACUUUGGCACAGUGGCUAGAGACAGGUAUAAGAGGAGAUGGUACAGGAGGGAUGCGGAUGUUGAGGAGUACAUAGACAGUGAUGAGGAGGUUGAGAAGAGACAUCAGCGCCCGCCAGGACAGUCUCGUCACACCUGUCAGUGGUACGGCAACAGGAUGAAGGAACUGGCAAAAGCAGGAAAGCUCCCAGAGGCCAUUGACAUGCUGGAGACCAGGAUGUUGAAGGAGGACAGAGUACAGCCUAAUGAAUAUGUGUACAACGUUCUGAUUGGUGCAUGUGGCAGGACUGGAUUCUCACAGAAGGCUUUUGAGCUCUUCUUUAAGAUGAAGGAGCGGGGCCUUCAUCCUGGGAUGGUGACCUUCACGGCCCUGCUGAAUGCCUGUGCAGAGUCACCCUUCAACAAGACUAAUGAGUUAGGCAACAUCAUUCGGGUCAGGCAGGAGAUGGCCAAGAGGGAUAUCCAACCUAACAUGAUAACGUACAAUGCAAUGUUGAAGGCCUAUGCAAAGUGUGCGGACCUGCCUGCAGCCCUGGAGCUGUUCCAGGAGAUCAUACAGUCUGGACAGGAAGUCACAGCAAAGACCUUCAGUUUCCUCCUGUUUGCAUCCACAGAGGACAGGGAAGCUGGCUUCACUCAAACAGUAGAGGCUUGGAGGCUGAUGAAGAAGAGCCACAUCAAACCUGACAUCUUUAUUUACAACCUGCUGCUGCGUGCUGCAAGGGACUGUGGGAUAGGUCAGCAUGAGGUCGCAGAACGGAUCCUGCUAGGGGAGUCCGACAUGAAGGGGAUUCCCACCCCACGUCGGAAGAAAAUACAUGUAGGACCAAAACUGAUCAAAGGAUCAAAGGGUGCCAAACAGCUUAGUGCAGGUCAAGGGUCGGAGGUCGUCUCCAAGGAGAUGUUGACCGUUGAACCUGUAAGAGAAGCUGACAUGCAGCAGGACAGUCAAGCGGAUGAGUUGUGGAAGGAGAGGUCUCCUCAUGGCAGAAAUACUAAAACACAUGGCAGAAGUCCUGAGACUGAAAUAAAAGCAGUAGCACCAACACAGAGUGUCCCCAGCCUGUUGAAUCAGCAGACAGGGAUGGAGAAUGUUGUGUCCCUGGGACGGGUGCAGACCCCUGCUGACAGACUCGGCCUGUUGGGAGGGGUGGGGGGUUUCCUCAGCAGUAUGGAGGCUGACGGAGUCAAACCAAACAUCAAAACUUUCUGUCAAAUGCUGGAGAUCAUCAGGCCUAACACCAGGGAAGAGACCGACCUGAUGGUUGCCAUGGAUGAACAUGGUGUGAAACCAGACAGGGACUUCUACAAUGCACUCAUCAGGAAGAGAGCCAUGAGGAGGGACAUGGAGGCAGCUAAGGCUGUCCUGCCCAUGAUGAGUGAGAGGAGACAUUCCCCAAACCUCAGGACGUAUGUGAACAUGGCCAUGGCAUGUACCAACAGUCAGGAGGGCUUCAAACUGCUCAGAGAAGUCAAGCAAGCGGGAUUUGCUCCCAAUGUGCAGUUGUUCACGGCUCUGAUGAAGGCAGCCCUGUCCAGUAAGGACUACAUCUAUGCCAAGGACCUGAUCAUGGAGAUGGAACGCCAGAACGUCGCACCAGACCAGUUACUGAUCAAGAAGCUAGAGAAGGCUGCUGAGGACUAUAAGGGACCUCAGAAGGGUCCAUUCCGCUCCCCCCUGAAUAUCUACUUGUCCAAAGUCCAUGCCUUCCGCAGUGUGUAUAAGCAUUGGUUGGAGCGUAUGCCUGUAGCACAGGAGGAGCAUCCAUGGGACAAGUACAGGAAAACACCUAGUCAGGAGGGGGAUGCAGCUGCUAAAUAGAUACACAACUGUCCUAGGAAGGGCAGUGAAAGAAUAU